AGAAGAGGGUAGUGGUGUUGGUGGGUUUCACUUUCUGAGCCUUUCUUCGUUUCUGGACUUUGUUUGAUUCUUGGGAUAGGGAGGAAGAAAGAAGGUGAGAUUUCUGAACCAGGGUUUCUGUUCUGGGACCCGGCCGGUCUCCUUUCCUUUGUCGAUUCGGAUCGGCUCGGGUGCCCAGUGUAGUGGGUUCUUGUUCUUUUCUGGUGUUUCUGCGUAUACUUUGAUUAAUGGGUCUUGAUUCGUUUGGGUGAAAAUUUGUGCCUCUUGAGGGAUUUCUUAUUUCUGUUGAUGUUUGUGAAUCCUCUUGAUUUCAGUUUUUAGUUUGUUCUAUUAAAUUCGGAGGUCUGUGCGCUUUAUUUUGCCUGCCUUGAUCUUAUUGAGGUGUUUCUGUUCGUUGGCGCAUUGGCUUUAAAGGUUAUUCAUCAUAUUGGGUUGAUUUGGAGGAGGAGACCUUUUGUUGUUGUUGUUGCUGUUUUCUUCAAUUUUGGGUGAUUCUGAAUUGGGUUUGAUUGAAUCGGAAUUCCAGACAGAUCUUAAUCUCUUAAGACAUGGCGGGAAUUGAUGUUUCAAAAUAUGCUCACAGCCCCGUACAUAAGGCUGUUGCCACGAGGGAUCAUGCCGCUCUUAGGCGGAUACUUGGCAGUCUCCCGCGGCUCUGCAAUCCAACCGAGAUUCGGACUGAGGCUGCAUCGAUUGCGGAGGAAGAGAAGGCGGAUGCUAUCUCUGCAGUGAUUGACCGCCGUGAUGUUCCUAACCGAGAAACUCCUCUCCACCUGGCUGUCAAACUUGCGGAUGAGACUGCAACUGAGAUGCUGAUGGUUGCGGGAGCAGACUGGAGCUUGCAGAAUGAGCAGGGCUGGAGUGCUCUCCAAGAAGCAAUUUGCAACAGGGAAGAGGGCAUAGCCAUGAUAAUAGUUAGGCAGUACCAGCCGUUGGCUUGGGCGAAAUGGUGCCGUAGACUUCCUCGCCUGAUAGGUACCAUGAAGAGGAUGAGGGAUUUCUACAUGGAGAUAACAUUCCACUUUGAGAGCUCUGUGAUCCCGUUCAUAUCAAGGAUUGCACCUUCGGACACUUACAAGAUUUGGAAGAGGGGUGCGAAUUUGAGGGCAGAUAUGACUUUGGCUGGUUUUGAUGGAUUAAGAAUUCAGAGGUCAGAUCAGAGUAUUCUGUUCCUUGGAGAAGGCUCUGAGGAUGGGAAGGUCUCUCCUGGGACUCUAUGUAUGGUUUCACACAAGGAUAAAGAAGUUAUGAAUGCUUUGGAUGGUGCUGGAUCUCAAGCCUCUGAAGCUGAGGUCCAGCAGGAAGUGGCCGCAAUGUCUCAAACUAACAUCUUCAGGCCCGGGAUUGAUGUGACUCAGGCAGUGCUGCUACCUCAAUUAACUUGGAGAAGGCAGGAAAAGACAGAAAUGGUUGGCUCAUGGAAGGCUAACGUGUAUGAUAUGCACAAUGUAGUGGUAAGUGUAAAGUCCAGGCGGGUCCCUGGUGCUAUGACAGAUGAUGAAUUCUUCUCGUCUUGCAAUGAGAAUGACACUGAGAGUGAGGGGUAUGAUGACAUCUUGACAGAGGAUGAAAGGAGGCAAUUGGAAAAUGCACUUAAAAUGGACUCAUCAGAGUUGACAACUGAGGAUAGCCUUACUGAUGGGAUCAUUGGUCAUCGACAUAGCUGCUAUGAGCAGCGGGAGCUCCCCAUUGAAGAUUUGCAUAGUUGUAUCAAUGGUAGUGAUGCUAAGCAGGAAAAGAAAGGGUGGUUUGGUGGCUGGAGAAAGAGGGAUUCAAAACAUGAUGGGCCAAAAAAGAUGGCUCCACCAAGAAGUUCUCUUUGUGUUGAAGACAAGGUAAGUGAUCUGCUUGGGGAUUCCCCAUCCAGAUUUCAGAGCAGACAAGGAAGACGGUCUGUGGAGAUUUCUGUAAGAGGGGAUGAACUCCGGAAAGGAAGGGACAUGAAGAAGUCUUCUGUGACUGCUGAGAGUGGAAAUCGACGUAAGGACAGCAACCGUGAAAGCGAGUACAAGAAAGGAUUGAGGCCUACUUUGUGGCUUUCUCCCAAUUUCCCUCUCCGAACUGACGAACUGCUGCCUUUGCUUGACAUUCUUGCAAACAAGGUCAAAGCUAUUCGUCGUUUAAGAGAACUACUUACAACAAAGCUUCCACCAGGAACCUUUCCAGUUAAGGUAGCUAUUCCGGUGGUUCCUACUAUCAGAGUGCUGGUUACUUUUACAAAAUUUGAAGAGUUGCAACCACUGGAUGAGUUCUGCACCCCUCCUUCGAGCCCUCGUUCUGCAGGCCGAGAAACACCUUCAGUGAUGCAGUCCUCAAGUUCAUCAUGGUUUAACUGGAUAAAAACACCUUACCACCGUCAGAGCUCUUCCAUGAAUUCAGGUCCAACCAAUCGAGUUGAAGAUAUUCAAGACCCAUUUGUGAUACCGGUAGAUUAUAAUUGGAUAACGGUUGAAGCAAAGAAAAAGAAGAUGCAGGAGAAGAAGGGCAAAUCCAAGAAGGGGAGAGGUCAACAACACCAAUGAAGUUUGUGUGAUGAAACAAUGGGAAUAUGAUCCGCUAACAAUGAGUUUUUGAUUUGGCGUGCCCUCAAUGCUGGGAAAUGCGCUAAAGGACUCGAGAAAUUCGAAGGAAAAUCUGUCUCACUAAUCCACUUCCAGUGAUUCUGCGGAUGAGAAACAAAACAGGGUUUGUGACCAGGAUCGAACCAAAUUAUUCUGAAACAGGUAAAUCAGGCAAGAAUAGAGUUGAAGGAGAACAAACAAUGUUGGAAGUUCACAACAUGCAUGUAAGUUGUAACAAACAUAUAUACAUUUGUUUGGUGUAAUUGUUACAUUCAUCUGGUGGGGGAUUGUACAUCGAUUCGAUUACUUCACUUCCUCUGAAAUUUGUGACUUGCAAAAACAUUUUUCAUCUUCCAUUUUGGUUUAUUAUUGUUGAAGCAGAUCUUAUUUAUCUUUUGA